UGCAGAUAUAAUGGCUGUUCCUCCGGCGUACGCAGACCUGGGAAAGGCUGCAAAGGACGUCUUUAACAAGGGCUACGGGUUUGGGACGGUGAAGCUUGACGUCAAAACCAAGUCUGCUAACGGAGUGGAGUUUAAAACAUGUGGCACGUCUAACAUGGACUCAAACAAGGUCAGCGGGAACCUGGAGACGAAGUAUAAAUGGGCCGAGUACGGACUGACCUUCACUGAGAAGUGGAGCACGGACAACACGCUGGGCACAGAGAUCAGCGUGGAGGACCAGAUCACCAAAGGACUGAAGCUGACCUUUGACACGACCUUCUCACCAAACACUGGUAAGAAGAGUGGCAAGGUGAAGACAGCGUAUAAGCGAGAAUACGUGAACGUGGGCUGUGAUGUGGAUUUCGACUUCGCCGGUCCUGCCAUCCACGGUGCGGCGGUGCUGGGAUACGAGGGCUGGCUCGCCGGAUACCAGAUGACCUUUGACACCGCCAGGUCCAAAAUGACUCGCAGCAACUUCGCAAUCGGAUACAAGACCGGAGACUUCCAGCUGCACACUAAUGUGAAUGAUGGGACGGAGUUUGGCGGCUCCAUCUAUCAGAAAGUGAGCGCUGAUCUGGAGACGGCGGUGAAUCUGGCCUGGACCGCCGGCAGCAACAGCACACGCUUCAGCCUCGCCGCCAAAUACAUGCUGGACUCCAGCUCCUCCAUUAGAGUGAAGCUGAUGCUUUCCGCCCUGCUCGAUGGGAAGAACAUCAACGCUGGAGGCCACAGACUGGGUCUGGGACUCGAGCUGGAGGCGUAA